GAGUACAAACCGGCAGGCUUUGCAGACUCAGGCUGCGCGCUCCAGGGAGGGUUUUUUUGGAGUCUGUCUGAGCUGUCUUUGAGAUUGUGCAUCAUGAGUAGCGAGUUCCUAGCAGAGCUGCCCUGGGAAGAUGGGUUCGCCAUCCCCGUGGCCAACCAGGAGAACAAGAUGCUGGAGGAUCAGCUAUCAAAGCUGCAGAAGGAGAAAUCAAACUUGCAAGAUCAGCUUCGCGACUAUGAAGAUCGGAUUAGUUCCAUGACUUCUCACCUUAAAAAUGUGAAUCAGGAAUUUUCAUUCACACAGGCUCUUUACAAAGCAAGGGAGCGUGAGAUUGAAAGUGAAGAGCAUUUUAAGGCCAUCGCUGAAAGAGAGCUGGGCCGGGUCAAGGAUGAGAUCCAACAACUGGAGAAGGAGUUGGCGACCAUCCAGGAGCGCAAGAGCGAUAAGGAAAAUGGCAUAUUUAAAGCGACCCAAAAGCUGGAUGGCUUGAAAUGUCAGAUGAACUGGGACCAGCAAGCCCUGGAGGCCUGGCUGGAGGAGUCGGCUCACAAAGACAGCGACUCUCUCACCCUUCAGAAGUACGCGCAGCAAGACGAUAACAAAAUCAGGGCUCUGACCCUGCACUUAGAAAGGCUGACUCUGGAGUGCAAUGAGAAAAGGAAGCUUCUAGACAGUGAACUGACGGAGACAUUGAGUGCACAGUUAGAAUUAGAUAAAGCUGCGCAGGACUUCCGGAAGAUUCACCUAGAACGACAAGAACUCAUCCAGCAGUGGGAGGGCACCAUCGAGCAGAUGCAGAGGCGGGAUCAGGAGAUUGACAGCUGCGCCCUGAUAUUAGCAAGGAUAAAGCAGGAAACAAGAGAAAAAGAAGGCGUGGUGAAAGAAAAGAUCAAGUUUCUGGAAAAUGAGGUUGGGAACAAUGUAGAAUAUGAGAGAAGAAUUUCUGUCGCCGAGCGUAAAGUUUUAAAAUGCAGGAUGGAGUACCAGCGACACGAAGCCAGCAGAAGUCAACUGAAGGAUGAGCUGGAUACUUUAAAAACUACUCUCAAUAGAACGUCCAGCGACUUAGAAGCUCUGAGGAAAAACAUUUCCAAAGUAAAGAAGGACAUCCAUGAUGAAACAUCAAAGUUACAGAAACUGAAACAUCACAAUGAGAUUGUGAAGCAUAAACUGAAGACGAUAACCGAGAAGACCAUAUCUGUGGAAGAGAAGGCCACCAACAUGGAAGACAUGCUGAAGGAAGAGGAGAAGGUGGCCAAGGAAGUGGAGGUUCAGCUGAACAUAGUGAAGGGCGUGCUCUUUAAGAAGGCUCAGGAGCUACAGAAUGAGACUAUGAAGGAGAAAUCCCUGGUCUCAGAGAUCGAAGGAACCCGAUCCUCGCUAAAACAUCUGAACCAGCGCUUGCGCAAGCUGGACUUUGAGACCCUGAAGCAGCAGGAAAUCAUGUACAGUCAGGACUUUUACAUUCAGCAAGUUGAACGCAGGAUGUCACGACUAAAGGGAGAAAUUAAUUCGGAGGAGAAGCAAACCCUUGAAGCAAGAAUCGUUGAACUUAAGAAGACACUGGAUGAGAAAAAAUCCACGCUUUCCCUUUUGGAAGCACAGAUCAAGAAGCUGCAUAAUGAUCUCUACUUCCUUAAGAAGUCAAACAGCAAGAAUAAUGACGAGAAGCAAUCUCUCAUGAAUAAAAUAAACGAACUGCACCUUUUUGUUGACAGAUCGGAGAAGGAACUGAACAAGGCUAGAGCUGCCAAACAGGAUUUGAUGAUCGAGGACAAUCUUUUAAAGUUUGAGGUUAAACGCACCCGAGAAAUGCUGCAUGGCAAAGCAGAGGAAGUCCUUUCCCUGGAGAAAAGGAAACAACAGCUGUACACAGCAAUGGAGGAAAGAGCUGAGGAAAUCAAGGUGCACAAAGCCAUGCUCGCCUCCCAGAUCAGAUACGUUGACCAGCAACGGCAAACUGUGAGUGCUGAAUUUCAUGAGCGGCUAAGUAAAAUUGAUAAGCUUAAGAACAGAUAUGAAAUUCUUACUGUUGUCAUGCUGCCUCCUGAAGGAGAAGAGGAGAGAACACAGGCCUAUUAUGUAACAAAGGCUGCUCAAGAAAAGGAAGAACUUCAGAGGGAAGGUGACAGCUUGGAUGCUAAGAUCAACAAAGCGGAAAAAGAAAUCUAUGCUCUGCAAAACACCCUGCAAGUACUCAACAGCUGCAACAACAACUAUAAGCAAUCUUUCAAAAGAGUGACUCCAUCAAGUGAUGAGUAUGUAAUAAAAAUUCAACUAGAAGAACAAAAAAGGACUGCAGAUGAGAAAUACAGACACAAACAAAGGCAAAUGAGAGAACUUCAAGAAGACAUCCAGAGCAUGGAAAAUACUUUUGAAGUCAUAGAACACUUAGCAAAUAAUAUCAAAGAGAAAUUAUCAGAGAAACAAACUCAUUCCCUUCAACUGCGCAAAGAGACUGAGGAGCAGCAGCCGAAAUUAGAGCGCGUGACUAAGCAGUGUGGAAGACUCAAAAGAGAAAUCCGCAUUGUGAGAGACACGAAUGACGAAACGCUAGAAGAGCAAGACAUUCAACUCCGUGAGAUUAAACAGUUUCACAAGGACAUUGACCAAAUGUUAGUCAAUGCCAUGGAAAAUGCUGAGAUGCACAUCAUCCUUCAAACAUACUUUGAGCAGAAUGGGUUAGAACUACCCACAGUUAAAGGCCCAAGCUCCAGAUCCUCUUCACAGUCUUCCCUGCGGUCAAUCAGGUCGCUUGAGGACACAAUUUCUCCUGUUUCUCCACCUUCAGUUAAAGUAGUACAGCUCAGCUUCCCAGAAUCUCCAACAGGAAGCUGUAGUUCUAGGUCAGCUAGUAAUGGCAGUAAUUCAAGUACUCCAAAAGGAAAAAAGCCCAGAAAAUGAUUUUUUUUAAUCUCUUGUACAAAUUUUGAACACAAAUGAAAAUCUCAUUAAGUCUUCCUUUUUCUGGGGUUCCAUUUAUUAACGAUAUAGGCCUACUAAAAUAGUAUUGGAAGUACUGCAGACCAGACAAAGGAGCCCCCUUCCCCCCCAUAGAGAAGAAAACUGCAGAACCUUAGGCAGGCCUCAAGUUAUUAGGCAGAGGGAAAUCAGUUUUUUUUUUUUUUUACUAGAACACUGAUGUCUAUAGUGUUAGAUGUUUUAUGAAGUAACACAUAUAUGAAGUAAGAUUCUUUCAGGAAUACACUUCUAAAAAGUCACUGCAUAUCUCAAUAAGGAAAUUUUCAUUUACUCUAAAUCACAAAAUUACUUUUUAAAAUUAAAAACAAAAAGCAAACAACAACAAUAUUCCCCCAUUCUUUUUCCCCGAGGGUAACACACACCUACCUGUUAAAGGCCUUUUAUUGCGGGGAGGGGGGAGGUGGUGGGUUUGGGGUGGAGGGGGUGGGGGGAGUGGUUUUAUUUUGUAUCGAAAGACAGCAUCAUUAACAUUAUACUCCCUCAGUAGGAAAAGCAUUGUAUAUGUAUAUAUGUGUGUGUCCAUAUAUACUUAUCCCUAUAUAUGUAUACAUAAAGUACAACUUGAGUUGCUGUCUCUAUUCUGAUCUUGAAAAAACUGAACAUAUUAAAUUUACUAUGGAGGUAGAUACUGCAUAUUAUAUUUAAAAUUAGUUUUUCCAGCACUUUGAACUUUUUGGAUGAGAGUGUGAACUAUUACUACAAAGCUAGGUUUAAAUACAUUAGCAUUCAGGUAGAUAAAGGAGCUUAUCUUUAAACCUUGGGAAAAAUACUCAUUACAAGAGUGACUGUCUUAGACCCACUACUCAGUUACUACUGAAAAAGCAGUAGUGUUAGUAAAUCUGUUUCUACUGAUGAUCACUUUUAAUUCAGAACAGGAAGGUAUAGUUAAGUCUAAUAACUGAAAUGGCAAAGAAAAUUGUGGGCACUUUAUAGUUGAAUGCUGCCAAAAGCGUAUGACGUUUAAUCCAUCAUCAUUUUGUUUACCAAUAUUGGGAUUCUCGGUCAUAUAUUACUUUGUAAGUUACUAGGAACUUAAAACAUUAAAUUUGGUGUUAUAUAAAGGCAAGGGUUUGUUUCUUACUAGGAGGCUUACUUUUCUAUGCUUUUUUCCUUGUAAACAAGGAUGGUUAACUUAUCAGGUCUUAUUGAAGUAACAUAAGAUAUAAGCAAAACAUACUGGCCUUGAAGCAUAGUAAUUGUACUUUAAGUAGUUAAUUUCUACCUAUGGAGUUACUUCUAGCCCCUAGUCUGCAAUGCCCAGCAUUCACGUUUACAUUACUAAAACCGCAUAUAAUAAUGCUAAAUGGCAAGACAAAGGAUCAAGCUGUUUACAGAUCUGGAGUUAUCUGAACACCAAGAAGUCACAGGACAAAGCUAACCGGGGUAAAUAUACACUAUGGACAUAGUAAUGUGGAAGAAACUACUGAAGCCACCACUGAGGAUCAAUUAAAAUCCGCAGUAUUUUUUCCUGUGAUGACUCCUUAAAUAACCCAAGGAACUGGAUGCUUAGAUUAGUGCAGACUGCUUAAAUUAGUAUGUCUAUUCCUAUUAAGAAAGAUGUAAUCCUAUUAGGUGCCUGUAGUUUCCAAAUUCUGACAGCCUUCUCCACAGGGCACUCUCCUAAGGGUUAAGUAAGAUAUUAUGUGAAUUCUCAAAGAUAAAGUGGCAUGCAGGGAGGUGUUUCUACUUUUUAACAACAACAAACCCCCACUAUGGAGGACUAGGUAGGACUAAAACUGGAACGAUUACUACACUGAGCACGCCUAAGAGUUCCUCAGGGCUGGGCUGUCAAAAUGGCUCUGUGGAUAGAGUACCGUCUGUCUGGCCCAAGUGUGGUUCCUGGGACCCAUGAGGCAGAAGAGAACUG